AUGCCUCGCCAUCUCGACGAGGAGUCACCGCUCCUGGAACAUAGCAGCGAAGACAGGAACCACGCCGAUCACCAUCUUGACUUCGCCCCAGAUGACACGAGGAACCCUCGCGCCUGGACGCGUAAGAAGCGGCUUUUCAACGUUUCGAUCAUUGCGGCCAUGAGCAUUCUCAGUCCCUUGGCCAGCUCAGUAUACAACCCAGCAAUUAAAAACAUAGCCCUGUCUCUUCACACGACAGAAGAAAAAGUCAUAGCCACGAACACAGGCUACAUCGUUCUGCUUGGCCUUGGACCUCUGAUUAUCGCACCACUGUCGGAAACUCUAGGAAGGCGUGUUGUCUACAUCGUUUGCUUCUCUGUGUUCACCCUGCUUCAAAUUCCCACGGCGCUGGCGCCAAACAUCGCUACUCUGAUCACCGUCCGCACUCUCUCUGGAUUUUUUGGAAGCGUAGGUAUAGCUAAUGGAGGAGGCACGAUCAACGACAUGUUUCCGCCGUCAGGCAGAGCCGAAAUCUAUGGCUGGUAUCUUUUAGGCCCUUUGCUAGGUCCUGUCCUUGGUCCAAUACUCGGAGGAGUGAUCGCGCAGAGACUGGGGUGGAGAUGGAUCUACUGGGUAAUCUUGAUUAUUUGCUCAGUCAACACCUUGAUAGGGAUUUUUUUCCUUCGGGAGACCUACGCUCCAAUUCUACUGGCACAGGAGAAGGCUAGAUUGGAGCAAGAAAACAAGGUCACAUAUACGUAUGAGGGUCAGGAUGACCGAAAGCUGCGCGAAAAGCUUCUGACAUCGUUGAAACGGCCAUUUAUCAUUCUCUCCCAACCCGUCGUCAUCUUGCUCUCAUGCUACCAAGCACUUAUCUUUUCCACGACGUACACGAUAUAUACGCAAAUGCAAAACAUUUUCGCUGGAGGGUAUGGCUUCUCCACUGAGCAUGUCGGCCUACUCUAUCUAUUCAUCGGACUUGGAGGCCUCACAAGUGUUUUGUUUCUUGUCCCGCGCAUCGAUGAUGUCUACAACAAACUAACGGCCAGGAACAAGGGCGUUGCGCUCCCCGAGUAUCGACUACCGCUCACCAAUAUCGGAAGUGUGCUGGUUCCGGUCAGUCUGCUCUGGUUUGCAUGGACUGUUUCCUUCCGACUUCAUUGGCUCAUUCCUGUUUCUGCACUGUAUUUCUACGGCAUAGGUCAGGUCAUGGUGAUCAACACGGUACAGAAUUACUUCAUCGACUCCUUUUCCCAAUACGCAGCAUCCGCCAUCGCCGCUGGGUCAGUGCUUCGAAGUGUUUUGGGGGGUGUCACACCCUUGUUCGCUUCGACGAUGUUUGAGAAGAUUGGUUACGGAUGGGGGACCAGCGUGUUUGGAUUCCUGGCAAUCUUGAUCGCUCCCAGCCCAGUUGUGCUUUAUUACUAUGGGCCUCGGUUACGCGAGCGAUUCCCGGUUUCGUUCUCGUCAUGA